UUGGGAAAAUACCUCCUUUUGCUUUGAUAUCUGCUCAUUGUUUCUCUUCCAACCGCCUCGUGGCCGCCGAACCGUGACCUUCGUCUUCUUGAACACGAGCUUGGGAGAAAUUCCAAUUCUAUUGUUCACGAGGACUUAAUCCGAGUCGGUCGGAUAUUGUACGAUUCUGGUAGCCAGGAGAAUCAUAGUGCAUGAUUGUCAUCUCGCCAUCGCCCACUCGCGCCAUCUGUCGAUAAUUCUGUUUCAAACAGUACGGUCGUAUCUUUAUAAACCCUGUCAUCUUCGUUUCUUGGACUACACCCUUUAACUUUAGCAACCAUAUGAUAGACAUAUCUUUCCAAAUGGCUUCGGCGCCUGCUGUGCCGUUGGGUCAACGUAGACCUAUGGCUGUCUACGCAAAUGCUUUCGACGUAACACAAAUCCCAGUCAAAGCGUACGAGCAAUAUGAUGUGAUGACGCCUGAUGUGGAAAGUGUUCGAUGGAGACAUCGAAUAGUCGAAAGACUCCAAAACCACGAAGCACCCAGGGUCUUUCGCCUGUGUUUGUUUGACGGAAAGAGCAUCUUAUACUCUGCGGCGCCGCUGGAUCUUCCUGAUGGCACUUCGGGAAACUACACGCUUGUUGUUCCCGGCAAAGGUCGGGUUACGGUUAAGGUAGCUCGCGUCGCAGGCGAGACAGUGACAUUCGAAAAGUACCCGAAUAAUGGAAGAGCGUAUUUUACCAGCGGCGGCUCAAAAGAUCUUCGCGGAGGUCUUCAGCUGUUUCGUGGAUUCUUUCAGAGUGUCAGACCAGCAAUCGGUAGAGUUCUCGUGAAUGUCGAUAUCAGUGCAGCCGCAAUGUAUAAACCGGGACCGUUUGUGGACGUUGCUUUAGAAGUAUUGAACAUUCGAGGGAAUGCACGCGCUCUCAGCUUCAAAAAGCAUAGCAAAGAAUGGAAUAUUCUCAGCCAAUUUUUCCGGAAUGUUCUUGUGGAAAUAAAGUUACCAAAAAAAACUGUGACGAAGAAAAUUGUUGGUCUCGUUGAAGCCGCUGGACGUUUUCCGUUUACUCAAGAGCAAGAAGACGGCUCAUCCCUUCCCACAACUGUGGAAGAAUACUACCACAAAACAUACAACAUACGCCUAGCAUUUCCUGACAUUAUCGGCAUUGAAUUGAGCCGUGGGUCUGGAAAAAACACCGUCAUCCCGGCCGAACUCUGCACUGUGGCUGCAGGCCAGCGGUAUAACCGUAAACUACCGCAGAACAUGACGAGCAUGAUGGUUGAUUUUUCUAAAUUUAGGCCAGAGAAACGGUUGGAAAUGAUUGUUGGCCAGAAAGGCGACCGAGUCCGACCUCCCACACUUGAGUAUGCCACAUCACCUUAUAUCCAAGACGCGGGAAUGGAAAUCUCGGAGAAACCGAUUAUGAUACAAGGUCAACUUCUCAAGGCACCUACCAUUUUCUAUGGCAAAAAACAGUUUGCGGAUGUAAACAACGGAGCAUGGAACAUAACGAGGCAACAUCUACAUUCCCCCGAGAUCAUCAGGGCGUGGGCAGUUGUGGAUUACAGUCUAAGGCUAGAUCAAAACGUUAUUAAAGCGUUUAUGGAUACACUUGAACAGUGUUGCACUGCACGGGGUGUGAAAGCUAAGCCGUCAUACAAACGAGGUAAUGGUGUCGGCUCGGUAGACCGGGAUAUCAAGGAGGCAUGUGCACUGGCAUUAGUUUCAGCCGGCGCCCCUCGUGGUUAUAACAAGCCACCUGAGAUCGUGCUAGUUAUCCUGCCUCAAUCUGCCGCUGAUAUCCGCCAAGAUGUUAAGAGAGCGGGGGAUGUCACCCUUGGCGUGUCUACUCAGUGUGUGCGGGAAGACAACAUUGCAAAGUUUUCAGGGAGACAACUUGACCAAUACUGUAAUAACAUCGCAAUCAAAAUCAACGCUCGGUUAACGGGAGUGAACUCCAUCCCAUCAUCGCCUGCAUAUGAUUGGUUGACCAAAGAAGAUUUCAUGUUUUUUGGGGCCGAUGUUGGCCAUCCUGGAGCUGGUGUCCAGAACAAGCCCUCAGUUGCCAGCGUCGUUUUUUCAUAUGACCGGCACGGCGUCAAGUACAGUGCAACAUCGAGGGUACAGCAGCCGCGACAGGAGAGAAUAGGCGAGCUUGGUCCUAUGGUUUAUGAUGCCAUUACACGAUAUGGCAAGGUCAACGGGAAAGCCCCAAGAAGACUCAUGUUCUUUAGAGACGGUCUCUCUGAAGGUGAAUACGCAGGUGUUGGUGAACUAGAGUUCCAAGACAUUAAAGAGGCUGUGAGAAGGGUUUGGGCUGAAGUCAAAUUAAAUGAUCCUCCACCUCUGAUCACCUACCUUAUCGUGGGCAAGAGACAUCACGUUCGCUUCUUUCCCACAAAUCCUCAAGAUGGAGAUCGAAAGAGCGGCAAUGUGCAAGCUGGGUUUGUCGCCAGUGAAGGUAUUGCCAAUCCAAUUGCCAAGGACUUUUACCUUUUGUCCCACGGUGGGAUACUUGGAACAAGCCGACCUGCCCACUACAUAGUAUUGAAGGACGAGAUUUUCAAUUUUGAUAUCAGACCCAUACAAGAGGUGGCAUAUACUCUUUGCCACGCGUAUGUGAGCGCAACUCGAUCCGUCUCCAUACCUGCCCCUGUGUAUUGUACGUGAAAGGUCUGCGCUCGCGCCGAGUAUCACUUUGAUGCGAGUUUACGGUACAUCGACAGCGAUGGUGCAACUGUAGCGAGUUCGGGUACUUGUGAGAAACAGUCAUUUAACCUCAGCCAAUGGCGAUCGGGCUACGCACAAACCCACUCGUCCAUGCUGGCCAGGAUGUUUUUCGCAUGAAAUUGUAGCUUUAAACUUUUAGCGUUUUGUCAGGACUAGCGUUGUCUCAUUGUAUCUACUUACCCGUGUUCUUUCGGGGUGUUUCAUUCGGAUAGUCAGCACAGUAUCACACUAUGGUCUAAGGGUCUGUUGGCAUCCAGCAAGCACCUAACUGGUG